AUGCCACCAAGACGUAAUGCACCUGCGGAGAACGAGAAUAAUCUCUCGGCAAUAGAUCGAAUGGUUCAAGCCAUGGAGAGGAUGGCUGAGUUGAUGCUGGCUCAGCAAGCUCAAACCCAACAUCAAAUGCAACUAAGAGUAGACUAUGCCAAGGCGAUAGCCAGCCGACAACCACCAUACUACGCGGGCGAAAAGGAUCCGGUGAUUCUGGAGGAGUGGAUCCGAACCUUCGAUAAGUUACUCAACGCAGUGAACUGCCCUGCGAACCAGCGAGCACCUCGGCAGUUUGGACCAACUCUCCUGCAAGACCCAGCUUUCGGUUGGGAGGAAUUUAAGGUGGAGUUAAGGGAGCAGUUCUAUACUGAGCGCAUUAAGGGAAUUAAGUGUGAGGAAUUCCUACGGCUGAAACAGAAAGGAGCAACCAUCCAAGAAUACUACGACCAGUAUGUCGAGCUGAUGCGGUUUGCCCAGGAAAUCGUGCCGGAUGAGGCGAGUAAAGCAAGGAGGUUUGUUCGAGGAUUGGACUGGAGUGUAAGAGGGAUGAUCGCGCCUUUCAUGUGCGCAACAUUGAAGGAGGCCUAUGACAGAGCGUCGGAUCAUUAUCAGGUUUACCUGGACCAACAGGAAGCCUAUGGCCGAAACAAGAGGAAGGCCGACGACAACUCGGGAGUUUCAGGCGGGAAACAAGAAGGCCAAUCAGGGCGGCUUAACACAGUGCAAGGGAGAGGAGGAUUCGAUAAAGGAAAGCGUUUUGCUUGCCCGAGGUGUGGGAGGAAUCACCCCGGGAAAACUGUCAGGGAGUAA